AUGCCUCCCAAACGUGUUGUCGUCCAAUCCGGCCGCCGCGAGCAAGAAGAUGCCGGUCUUUUCGGCACCGCAUAUAAGGAAAUCACCAAACCAGAGAAUGCGACCAUUGUGCGAAGCGUGGUCAUCUUCAGUGCAGCGGUUGCCUUCUUUCACAGCAGCUUGAGCGAAUUCCUCAUCCCUCCUCUAUAA